ACCCGGACGCAGGACGCCGCUGCUCGCUGCCCGCUGUGCUGCUCGGCUCACGCGUCCCGCCGGAGCCCGAGCGCACAGCCCGCGCCUCGCGAGCCUCGCGGGGCCGAGGGAGGGCGGCUGCCGGCCGGGGAUGGGCGCCGGGGGGCUCUGCGUGCUGCUCCUGGCACUGGUGGCCGCGGGGACCCCGGCGGGCUCCUACAACCUCGACCCGCAGCUCCCUGUGCGCUUCCAGGGCCCCGCCGGCUCCUUCUUCGGCUACGCGGUGCUGGAGCAUUUCCACGACAACACGCGCUGGGUCCUCGUGGGUGCACCAAAGGCAGAUUCCAAAUACAGCACUUCAGUUAAGUCCCCUGGGGCUGUGUUUAAGUGCCGUGUACAUACCAACCCUGACCGGAGAUGCACCGAACUGGACAUGGCUCGAGGGAAGAAUCGGGGUACGUCCUGUGGAAAGACCUGUCGAGAAGACCGGGAUGAUGAGUGGAUGGGGGUGAGCCUGGCCCGGCAGCCCGGUGUGGAUGGCCGAGUGUUGGCCUGUGCCCACCGAUGGAAGAACAUCUACUAUGAAACAGAUCAUAUCUUACCUCAUGGCUUCUGUUACAUCAUCCCACCCAACCUCCAGGCCAAAGGCAGGACGCUGAUCCCUUGCUAUGAAGAGUACAAGAAGAAGUAUGGCGAGGAACAUGGCUCCUGCCAGGCGGGGAUAGCAGGCUUCUUCACUGAGGAGCUGGUGGUGAUGGGUGCUCCAGGGUCAUUCUAUUGGGCUGGGACUGUCAAAGUGCUGAACCUCACAGACAACACCUAUUUUAAACUGAACGAUGAAGCAAUCAUGAAUAGGAGGUAUACCUACCUGGGUUACUCAGUGACCGCUGGCCACUUCUCUCACCCAUCCAGCACUGACGUGGUUGGAGGUGCCCCCCAGGAUGAAGGCAUCGGAAAGGUUUAUAUAUUCAGAGCUGACCGAAGAUCAGGCACAUUAAUUAAGAUUUUUCAGGCAUCAGGUAAAAAGAUGGGCUCUUACUUCGGCUCCUCCUUAUGCGCAGUUGACCUGAACAGGGAUGGCCUUUCUGACCUGCUAGUGGGUGCCCCCAUGUUUUCUGAGAUCAGAGAUGAGGGGCAGGUCACUGUAUACAUCAACAGAGGAAACGGAGCCCUUGAGGAGCAGCUUGCCCUGACUGGGGAUAGGGCCUACAAUGCGCACUUUGGGGAGAGCAUCGCCAGCCUGGGGGAUCUUGACAAUGAUGGCUUCUCAGAUGUGGCCAUUGGUGCACCUGAAGAGGACGACUUUGCGGGGGCAGUCUAUAUCUAUCAUGGCGAUGCCGGUGGGGUGGUCCCCCAGUACUCAAUGAAAUUGUCUGGGCGGAGGAUAAACCCAGUCCUGCGGAUGUUCGGGCAGUCCAUAUCAGGAGGCAUUGAUAUGGAUGGAAAUGGCUAUCCUGAUGUCACCAUUGGUGCCUUCAUGUCCAACAGCGUGGUUCUUCUAAGGGCCAGAGCUGUCAUUACGGUGGAUGUCUCCAUCUUCCUCCCAGCCUCCAUCAACAUCACAGCACCUCAGUGUCAUGAUGGACAGCAGCCUAUAAACUGCCUGAAUGUCACUGUCUGCUUUAGGUUCCAUGGCAAACAUGUUCCAGGAGAAAUCGGCCUGAACUACGUUCUUACAGCUGAUGUGGCCAAAAAGGAGAAGGGCCAGCUGCCUAGGGUCUACUUUGUGUUGCUGGGAGAGACUGUUGGCCAGGUCUUGGAGAAGCUGCAGCUGGCCCACAUGGAGGAGCUGUGUCAUCACUACGUGGCCCACGUGAAGCGGAGGGUGCAGGAUGUCAUCAGCCCCAUCGUGUUUGAAGCUGCCUACAGCCUUGGAACACAUGUGACUGGUGAGGAGGAGAGAGAGCUGCCAGCUCUGACACCAGUUCUACGCUGGAAGAAGGGACAAAAGAUUGCCCAAAAGAAUCUGACUGUCUUUGAAAGAAAUUGCCAAUCUGAGGAUUGUGCCGCUGACCUGCAGCUUCGGGGUAAACUGUUGCUCUCCAGUAUUGAUGAGAAAACCCCCUAUCUAGCUUUGGGAGCUGUGAAGAAUAUCUCCCUAAACAUCUCCAUUUCCAACCUUGGGGACGAUGCGUAUGAUGCCAAUGUAUCCUUCAAUGUGUCCCGGGAGCUCUUCUUCAUCAACAUGUGGCAGAAGGAGGAAAUGGGCAUCUCCUGUGAGCUGUUGGAAUCAGACUUCCUCAAAUGCAGCGUGGGAUUUCCUUUCAUGAGGUCAAAGUCGAAGUAUGAUUUCAGCGUAAUCUUUGAUACAAGCCACCUGUCUGGGGAAGAGGAAGUUCUCAGCUUCAUCAUUACAGCUCAGAGUGGCAAUGUGGAGCGAUCUGAAGCCCUGCUUGACAACACUCUCAUACUGACGGUGCCUCUGGUGCAUGAAGUGGACACAUCCAUCACUGGAAUUGUGUCUCCGACUUCAUUUGUGUAUGGUGAGUCUGUGGAUGCAUCCAACUUCAUUCAGCUGGAUGACCUGGAGUGUCAUUUUCAACCCCUCAACCUAACCAUUCAGGUCUAUAACACUGGCCCGAGCACCCUUCCUGGAUCAUCUGUCAGCAUUUCAUUCCCUAACCGACUGUCACCUGGUGGUGCGGAGAUGUUUCAGGUCCAGAAGAUGGUGGUGGGCCAGGAGAAGGGAAACUGCUCGUUCCAGAAAAACCCAACCCCCUGCAUCAUCCCUCAAGAACAAGAAAAUAUCUUCCACACCAUCUUUGCUUUUUUCACAAAGUCUGGAAGAAAAGUCUUGGACUGUGAAAAUCCAGGAAUGUCUUGCCUAGCAAUACACUGUAACCUUAGUGCUCUCACUAAAGAAGAAAGUCGUACAAUAGAUGUUUACAUGCUGCUGAACACAGAAAUAUUGAAGGAGGACAGUUCAUCUGUCAUCCAGUUCAUGGCUCGAGCCAAGGUGAAGGUGGACCCUGCCCUGCAGGUGGUGGAAAUAGCCAAUGGGAACCCAGAAGAAAUGACGGUGGUCUUUGAGGCCUUGCACAAUCUGGAGCCCCGAGGCUAUGUUGUGGGAUGGAUCAUCGCCAUAAGUUUGCUGGUGGGAAUCCUCAUCUUCCUGCUGCUAGCAGUGCUUCUGUGGAAGAUGGGCUUCUUUCGCCGAAGGUACAAAGAAAUUAUUGAAGCUGAGAAGAACCGGAAAGAGAAUGAAGAGAGUUGGGACUGGGUCCAGAAAAACCAGUGACCUGCCACACCAGUCACAUGACCCAAUCACUAGCCUGUUAUCCUUGAUCUUUGUAUCUUCCAUAUUUGGAAGAAAAGAAUCUUCUCCAGAUUUUUCGGAGGCCCCACAGAUGCUGUUCUCCUUCUCAUUCUUUCAAGCCCGGGUGCCAGCCUGAGGCCACCACUUCCACUGGCCAGGUCACAUGACCAGAGCCGCCACCACUUCCUUUUAAAGAGAACUCUGAACUUCAGAAAGCAAGCUACAGAGCCAAGCAAUAUUUAUGGAUGCAAGAUGCGUGGUCAACCCUCAGGGGAAAACUGUUACCUAAAAGUAUUUUUAUAAAUAUAAGCCUUUUAUACUGAUCAUGUCUUUAUAUUUGUAUCAAUGAUUUAUUUCUAUUAAAUAGUUAUAUAAUUCACUCAAGCACUGAUAUCUGGCCUGAAAUCUUGGAAAUACAUGUACUCAUACACCAAUUUUAAAGGAUAAAAAUCUUGUACUUUGGAACUUUCUGUUCAAAAAAGACUUGCAGAUAAAAUAAGCUGAAGAUACUUCAUGAAAUGAAUCCACCAUGCUGGCAGUGCCACAGAUAAACUAGAUAUAACAAAACUGCAAAGAAAUUUCACAUUUUUAUUGCCUGGAGUCAAAUAUGGAGUCAUAUACUAAGGAACCCUUAAGUGUUUUUUCAUAUGUACCUUUCAUUGGAAGAUUCCCAACAAGAAUUUUGAAUGGAGACCCUGAUUCUUAGCAACAAGUCUGCUCUGCAUCACCUUUAUGCAGCAUACAUCUCACACUCCUUCUACUUGAGUUGACAGAUGAAGGCUUGGAGCAAUGCCACAUGGUCAUCUGGUAAACGUCAGGCAUCUCAUCCUGGACACCACAGAUCAGCGUUCAUACCCCACAAAGACUAAACCAGCGCCUCAGUCUCCCCCACCCAGCCCCGCAAAGACUGUCUAAAUGCUGUGUGAGGCACUGCCUUUUCAUGGUACUUCAAUUCAGAGGUCUCCAUUUCCCUUACCAUUCUUGUUGUGCCCAAUGUGUGGUAAUUGCAAAUUUCUUCCUAGAGAUGACUAUCUAACCUGUCUUUUUAAAUUAUUCUUAUUUUUUAAAGUGUUUUAGGUAUGAUUCCCAGGAAGCAGUCCCUGAAACAAGGAUUUGUGUGCCUGAAAAUUAUUAAAGAAGUAUUUACCAGGGGAUACCAGUAAGAGAGUAGGAGAAGCAGGUCAAGAAAAGGGAGGAAAUCAGGCAAAGAUGCCCAUUUCAGGGAAAGUCCCACCAAGGGUGGCUUCAGCCUGAUUACCUUUGAGGGUAAAUUAUGUCUUGGAGUUGUCACAGCCUGAGGCAAGGGAGCUGGGCUUUCAUAUUCCCACACCCAGGGGAGAUAUAAACUCUCUGCUCUCCAUUCCUGCUGGCAAUAUGGCUCUCCUCUACAGGAGAGCAACCCCAACCUGAGAGACACAGAAACAAUGCAAAAGAAAUGAUGCAUAGAGAUUUAGGCAGAGCACUGAUGCCCCUCUCCCCCUUCCACCCCCUGCAAGUAUGAAUGCUGAGUUAUAGCCUUCAUUAUUCAAGCUCUCUAUUUGACAUUACUGAGUGUCAGACAUACAGUGCUGCCCAGUGCUGAAUGCAGUGUGAUUUUCUAAAAGAGUGAUGAGGUGAUGGAUGUAGCAUGCUCAGCACUGCAUCUGGCCCUUCGUAAACACUCAAUAACAGUUAACAGCUACAGCUGCUAUUCCACUGCUGGGUAACCAUCAGAAGACAUGGGGCCAAGCUCAGAAUCUGACAUAGAGUCCGUUUUUUUGGGGGGGGGGCCGGUACUGGGGUUCGAACUCAGAUCCUUGCGCUUGCGCAGCAGGCAGCGAAACCACUGAGCUAAAUCCCCAGCCCCUGACAUAGAGUCAAUACCUUAUUGUAGCUUGCUAAAGUCCCAGCUACAUACAGAUGGCAUCAAAUGGGAAUGGAACAAUAUACACAACAAGAAUCUUUCUUUUAAUGUCUUGUUUACUGGUCACUAACAUGUUGGAUGUCUGGGAACAUUAUUGGAAAGACACAGAAUUCAACCUCAAGGGACACAGAUUCUCUACACACAUACUUGGCUAAUACCUGCAAGUGUAUCUAAAAUCUUGGUAAAAUUAUGAAGGUGCUGGGUAGGUGCAAACUUGGCAUGAAGGACACAUCUUUUGGUUUAUGCAACUGACUCUUCUGCAAGAAGGUAAUAAAUAUAUCCUGCUUCCAACCUUGGUGAACAUGGAAAUGGACAACAAAGACAUGAUCUAAGCUAAUCCUAGAAGUCAGGGGUAUGGAAGCAUAGGAGUCACUACAGUGCAGGAUCAGGCAAAGAAACAAGUUCUCACCCAGUUUGUUUAUGAGUUUUAUCAAAAGCAAUAAGAAACACAUACCCCAUUGGGGCCCCAAUGUGUGUCAAGCACUGGGCAGGUCCCAGGGAUUCCCAGAGAACACUACUGGCACAGUGUGCCUCCAGGUGGCAAGCCCUCGCGUGAUGGGUAUACAGUGUGGGUUCCUUUAUGGGACUCCACUUAUAUCCUUUCUUUGGUGAAGUCCUGUUAAUAAUGUAAUGUUUUCCCUUAGUAAAUCAUUCAGGAUUCUUAGGUGGUAGACUAGGACAGCUCCUUCAGCAGCUUUGUCCAAAUGCAUUGAUCACCAGUAACCUGCUUCCUUCAAGGAGUGCAGAUACAUGGGUGACAGUGUAGAAGGCCCACAGUUCUGCCAGCAACAAAGCCACCCCCACUGAGAGCAGGGUGGAUUCUAAAUGGUAAAUCAUGUGAGUAGUCACUUACCCAGGAGGUCACUAAGACUACAAGACAGUUUUUAAGAAAACUCUACUUGACAUCACAAGAAGAUACUAGAAACCACCCCAGGAACCUAUCUGAGGAAGAGCAGUGUCUCUGCUUAUCUAACCCUGCUGAGUAGCAGAUGAACCUUAAGGGACAGGGAGUAGCCUUUUAGCACAGAGGUGGAGGAAGAAGUUGAGCAUAUUGAGGGAGCUCUCUCAACUUGGGCAGUUCACCAGCUCAAUCUCAGAAGCCCUCUAGGUUCUCAGAAGAAGCAGACAGGGUAGGCCACUGUGUCUAUGUUCUCUCUCUAGAGUAUGCUUUUAAAAUUCCCCCUUUUUCAAAAACAAUUCCCUUAUUCUUAGUUAUGUAGGACUCAAGAGAGUGUGGAACAUCCCCAAGUGAGCCUUGGGCCUGUCACCAAGAAGAGGCCAUGAAGCUCAGAAGCAAAGGGACACUAGGAGUAGGGAUCAGGACCCACCAAGUUUGUGGUAACUGACAGGCAUACAUCCUGAAUCUUAGUGGGGAGGGGGCAGCACUUCAGUAGACCUCUCUCAGCAUCCCAGUGUUCAGAGACUUGGCAAACUAGAAAACCCAGGAGAGAAUCCUCCAAGAAAUUAUGAGUAGCCUCUAGUCCUUGAGCCAAAGGCAAGGGAGUUAAUAAAUGCAGCACCCCUCCGGGACACCUGAGGCCUGUCCUCUGUGUGUGCGGAAAUACAGCAGAUCUCCAGUGGCCAUGCAUGCUGUGUGCUCCUGAUUACCCCCAGCAUGGUGGGUCUUGAAAUGUUACAACUUUUACUUUUGGAUUAGGCAUUAUGACUAAGUGAACACAGUUACACUGGUUACCUAUGAAAUGUACACUUGGUGAAAUGUAUGCUUGACUCCCAACUUCCCAGAAUUUAGAGGAGCUGCAGAGAAUUGUCAUGGGGUAAGAGAUGUUAAGCUAGGAUGUAGCUCAUUACUAGAGUGCUUGUGUGCAAGGGUGUGUGGGUUCAAUCCUCAGCACCACAAAUUUCUGUUAUUUGGGGGAAAUGGCCCUUUAGUGGACAAAAGCAGAAGGUGCUCCAAGUAGAAAUGAUGCAAAUAUGCAGAAUUUUAGUUGUUUUGUUUUGAUAAUAAUAUAGGGUAGUAAUAUGCACAGUGAAGAAUAUUUUCUGAAAUAAAGAAUGGCAGAAGGAAGGAUACAGAGCCAGUAUGGCCAAAGUGAACCUAGAAUGUCUUCUGAUUUUUCAGCACAUAAACACAUUUCCCAAGACAGUGCAAUGUUUUAUAGCACACUGAUCUAGAUUUCAAACAUUUUAAGGUAUUUUGUUGUGUUGUGUUAAUUCUAACAUGCAUGGUGUGAUGGCAGCAUGAGUUUAAAAGCUUUAGGAGUGAGGAAUGGCAUGGCAGGCACCCACACUCGCUGCACCUCCAGGCUUCACUGAGGCAUCUUGUACACUUCUGCUGAGGACUUCACAUGGGAGGGGUGUUCCUCCUCGUGAUGUCACAUGGAGUAAAGUCUAUGCAGUCACUUCUAAUUCACUUGCACUCUUUGGGAAAUGCCAGGUUUACAAAAAUACAUGUUUAGAAUAAAAAAUGGCUGCAAAUGA